AUGGUCACCUACAAAGUUCUUUCACUUUCGCUCUUUGCUCUUGGCAUCCAAGCUCUCGCCUUGCCUGAUAGAUUUGGAGGUCCUCCUGGCUUCCCCGGACAAGGCGGUCCCCCAGGCGGUCCUCCAGCUAGUCCCCCCGGCCGAGACGGUCCAGGAGGCCCGGGAGAUGGUCCUGGGUAUCCUGGACCAGGAUAUCCCGGUGGUAAUCCUCCAGACUGGCCUGGAUCUCCUGGUUUCCCGCAGCCUGGGCCUCCGGGCGGAGGGCAACCAGGAUGGCCUCAGCCGAGCUGGCCUAGCUGGCCUAGCAUCCCGCCCGACAACGACCAGCACGAAAUCCCCAACCACUUCUGCAAGCACUGCUACUACCACUUCCGGCGUAACCUCUACUUCGUCCUCGGUCUCGACGUCCUCACCCACGACAACAACUUCAACCGUUCCCACAACAACGCCUACAACUUUGUCGACUACGACCACACCAAGCACAACCACUACAACGACAACAACGACUACCACAUCCACCAUUCCUACUACGACUUCGAUCACCACCACAACCACUACAACGACGACGACGACAACGACCACCACCACGACCACCACAACUACCACCACGACCCCUCCGCCGAAUUGUCCUACUCCAACACUGCAGAAUGUGGCUUCACUUCCGGGCUAGUGGACGAGGUUGAACAACUAGGCACGGGCAUCUUCAUCCCCCAUUCCGGCAAUAACUACUUCCAAGUAACCAACACGGGCACGUCGCCGACAGAAGCGCGCAUCGCGCAGUCUCCAACCUUCUGCAAUGGGAUCGACUACACAAUCACGCUCUGGGCCAUCGGCGACUGCAAUGGCGCCGCCCAGUGUGCCGGCUUCUCCAGUGUCCGUCUCCAGAUCGUAACCGACAUCGGCUUCAGCACGGAUUUCACCAUUUCCAAUACCGGUCCCGCCGACUGGCAGGAGCUCACGUACACGUUCACCUGGACCGCCGGGACCGGCCUCUCCCCGGUCUUGAUCAACGUCUUUAUGGACAACCAGAACGAAUCGAUCGGGCUGGACGAUAUCAGCAUCUCGUUUGCUUGA